AGUGUAGAGUAGUCUGACAUUCUGCUCCCGUACAAGAUGGACAUCACAUGGAUGAGCACCGUGCUCCUGGCUCUGAUCAUCUCCAGUAUCCUCUACUCAUCAUGGAAUGCCAUGUAUCGGAGACGUGACUUGCCACCAGGACCAACACCACUGCCCAUUGUAGGCAAUGUCCUACAGAUAAGGAGAGGGAAGCUGGUCCAAUCCCUAAUGGAGUUUGCAGGGAAAUAUGGAUCGGUAUAUACUGUUUAUUUUGGCCAUAAUCCAAUUGUUGUCCUAAGCGGUUAUGAAACUGUGAAAGAGGCAUUACUGGACCGCGCAGAGGAAUUCGGUGGGCGUGGAAAGUCAACUUUUGAUUAUUUUUUCGAAGGGCAUGGAAUUGUCUUCAGCAAUGGGGAACGAUGGAAAGAUUUGCGCAGGUUUUCUCUCACCAUGCUCAGAAAUUUUGGGAUGGGGAAGAAAUCUAUUGAGGAGAAGAUACAGGAAGAAGCUGGGUUCCUGGUGGCAGAGAUCAAAUCUCUGAAAGAAAAAUCCAUUGACCCAUCAAACCUCCUAUCCCAGGCUGUUUCUAAUGUCAUCUGUUCUAUCGUUUUUGGAAACCGUUUUGAAUACGAUGAUCAGAAUUUUCGGCAACUCUUGACCUUGUUUAGUGAAACAUUCAAAGACGCGAGCGGCCCUUUGGGACAGUUGCAGGAAAUGCUCCCAGAAAUUAUGUACUACAUUCCGGGACCUCAUCAGAGAAUAAAGAGACAUCUGGAUAAACUAGUGAAUUUCGUCUUAGAGAGAGUGAAGAUAAACCAGGAGACCUUGGAUCCCAACUGUCCUCGGGAUUACAUUGACUGUUUUCUUGUAAAGCAACAGCAAGAAAAGGGCAAUCCACACUUUGACACAAGAGACAUGAUUCUGUCAAUACUCAACUUGUUCUUUGGUGGAACGGAGACAGUCAGCAGCACCCUGCGAAAUGCAUUCCUUAUACUUAUGAAAUAUCCUGAAAUACAAGACAAAGUACUUGAGGAAAUAAACCAGAUUAUUGGCCAAAAUCGCAUCCCGCAAAUUGAGGAUCGGAACAAAAUGCCGUACACGGAUGCUGUAAUCCAUGAGAUCCAGAGAUUCUCUGAUAUUUUUCCAGCUGAUCUUCCACACUUAGUGACGAAAGAGAUCAACUUUAAGGGAUAUACCAUUCCUAAGGGUACAGAUGUCUAUCCAUUACUAUGUACUGUUCAUCGAGACCCCAAGAUGUUUACUACUCCCACUAAGUUCAAUCCCAAUCAUUUCCUGGACAGUAAUGGCUGCUUUAAGAAGAAUGAAGCCUAUAUGCCAUUCUCUGCAGGAAAGAGAAUUUGUGUUGGAGAAGCUCUGGCCCGUAUGGAGUUGUUUCUUUUUAUAACAACUAUACUACAGAACUUCAAACUGACUUCUAAGAUUAAAAUCACUGAUGAAGACAUCAAACCCACAAUGACAGGAUCCGCCAAUAUCCCCAUAUUUUAUGAGAUGUCUUUCAUCUCUCGGGCUCUUUAGAAUGUCGACUACCUCAAGGAACAACCUCCCCCUUUUCCACAAGCCGCUCCUUACCUCUCAUGAAGAAGAUCCCUAGAGCUGGAUUGAGAAAGCCUUCUUACCUUGCAUCCUGGUGCUUGCUUCAAAGGGGAAACAGCACACUGAUCAACACCAGUUCUGUUUCCCACUGGCAGUGUGACGGUUAUGUAUAGGGGGGGGGGGCAUAGUGUGGGAGGUGGGUCAAGUCAAGUGUUGGAUUGCUGGGUAACACAUCUCACCACAAUACCUUGUUUUCUAUUGCAUCAUUAUUGGUCAGACAAAAAGUUGCAUAUUUAUCAAGUCCACUGGAAAUAAAAAAACAAAGCUCAACAUGGUUGACUAUA